AUGGUGUCACUAAUACUGGACGAGAAUCCUCCAGCAAUAUGUGCUACACGAAUUCUGAAGCCAUCGUUUCUAUUUCUGUUAAGUUUAACAGUCCUAUUGACUGGACUAGCCAUGUUUACACCCGGCUGGCACUACUUUCCCAAGCACACUGACAGAAUGGGCAUUAUUCAUCAGGGCUGUACCUAUGUGACCUGUCAGGUUUAUUGGGAUGUAAGAACUUUGUUUACAAGCAUUUUUGUACUUUUUAAAAUUUUUUUUUUAAAAUUCAAAAAUUAAAAAAAUUUAAAAAAAAAUUUUUAAAAUGCAAUUUUAAAAUGGACAUUAUUCAAAAAAUGUCAUUUUUCAUCAGCCUCAGUCUAAAAAUGGCAUUUUCACCUAAUUUCAAAAAUUUUAGUCCAGACCAGAAUGGGAAUCUACAGUAACCACCAUGUUGUGGAUAGCCUUUGCCACUGGGAUGGUAUUACUAAUAUGGACAGUUACUGCUUACUUCUGUUUGUUAACACCUGGCUUCUUCAUUGGAACUACAGUUUUAUGUCUUAUGGCCACGAUUUGCCUAGCAGUCGCCGUUGGAGUGUUUGGGACCAAAAAUGGCGACGAAAUUGGUGCUUUUAGGACAUUUUUUUCAAAACUUGAUCCAAUUUCAAAAUUUUUUAAAAUAAAUAAGGGCAGGGUAGGGUAGAAAUAGGGGUAGUUAUACCUUUCAAGGUAGGGCCGUUAAUUUUAGUAUCCCUUGUUGUUAUUACAACCUUAUGUUACAAUUAGGUUGUUCAAAUAAUUCUGCGCCCCUUUCAAAUCAAAUUUUGCAAUUUAAGGGCACAGAAUUAUUUGCACAACCCAAUGCGACCCUAUUUUUAUGCAAAAACUUUCAUUUUUUUAGCAGCCAUGAGCAACCGUGUUAGCACUACAGACUGGACCAAUACCGUAGGCUACAGCUUUUGGCUAGCUGUCACUGCUACGGCCUCUUUCUUCGCCACCACAGUUUUAUCAUUGACCGCUGCUGUUGUUUAUCAUAUGCUUCGGCUUUAUAAAUAG